GUAGAGGUGUUCUAGUUGCUUCCGUUGGAAAUAAUGGGACACUGGUGCUGCGUCAAAGGAUGCAACAGUAAUUCUAAACAGAAAACAGCAGAUGGGGCCUUACGGUUUUUCGUAUUCCCCACUUGGAAAAAAAAAUACGGACCGCAGACAGAGGACUUAACAAAGAGGCGUCGGGCUGCAUGGGUCGCUGCUGUAAGAAGGAAAGACAUCACGUUUCAUAAAAUAUCUCCUCAUGCUCGUGUUUGCUCUCGGCAUUUUCAAAAAGGUCAACCCGCAUAUGAGAUGAUGGAGACUGACCCAGACUGGGCUCCAUCCCUGCAUCUGGGCCACACUGACAUCAAACCAACAGACACAGACCGCUCUUUAAGACGUGGUUAUCGGGAACAGCUGAAAAAGAAUGCCCUGCAAGCAACUGAAACGGGGCUCCAUCGGGCUGAUGAAAUCCUUGAGCAACAGGAUGAAGUAACACAUGAGGCGACAGAGAACCCUAACCAGCAACAGACUGACACGCAGAAGGCUGCUGAAAACGUUGGCCGGCCAAACACCAAAGAUGACACAGAAGGUGGUCGUCAGGAAGGACAGACAGAAUGUAACCUGUGUGUGCUCAGGUGUGCAGAGAUGAACCAUCUUUUGGAAGAAAACAGAGAGCUGCGGCGUGAACUUGAUGAGCUGCGGAUCUCUGAUUGCUUCUUUGGAGACACUAAUGAAAAAGUCCAGUACUAUACGGGUCUACCAAACUUGUGGAACCGUUGGAACCUUGUGAGCUCUGGAACCUUCUUAACGCUGAAACGUUGUGAGCGCUGGAACCUUGUUAAAGCUGAACCUUGUGAGCCCUGGAACCUUGUGAGCAGUGGAACCGUUGGAACCUUGUGA